AUGGAAGAUGAUGGAAAAGUAAGUAUUUCAACAAAUAGAAGAUUGAUAAGAACAUUUUCAGGUAAAAUAAUAAAAAGUUCAUAAUAAUAAUAAUAAUAAUAAUAAUAAUAACAAUAAUAAUAAUAAUAAUAAUCUUUUAUUAAUUCAGCUUAAUAUUUCUUUCAUCCUCCAUUUAAAAUACCUACACCUUUACAUUAAAUUACAUUAAAGAAAUCAAUAAAAUCUAUUAUUGUUAAAAUACCAGAUAAAACUAUUCCAAAGAAAUAGACUGCCACUAGUGAAUUAAUCAGAAAAAAAAUAUUAAAUGCAUAAAGAAAGAGUUCUAUUCUAACCAAAUAUAUUCCUACCAAAAUCUCUAUUGAACCUAAAAUAUCAUAUUAAAAGUAAUUUAUUAUCUCUAUUUUUUCUCAGAUUAUUUUCAUCCUCUAAUCAAUCUAAUUAUCAUCCUAAUCAUAAUAAAUCAACACAUAACCCCAAUCAUAAUAACUCCCUCACUUUUCAUUCACAUUAUAUUUGA